AUGGAAACUAGUAUAGGACUGGCCAUGAAUCCGGCACACACAGAAGAGAGCGCGGUUUUCACGCAGCUAAAACUUGUGCGGCUGUCUGGAGCGGACGGCGCAGAUGACUCGUCCGUUUUUGAGGAAGUGAAACCCGCGGUGAGAAUUAGUCGACAUCUUAACCCGGUGGAGGUAGCAAUGAUCCGGUUGGAGAUGGAAAAGUACCUCCCCCAGACCACAUGCAGUCCCCUCCAUCCUUCAUCCAUGGCCCACACAGACAAGAAGAACCGCGGAGAGAGCCCCUCAUUGGUGGACAAGUACCUCUCAGAGGAGAAGCCCAACACAGCUCCCUACAGCCUCAACAUCAACCUCAUCCUCCCCAAAACCACCCACCUCUGCACCGGCCUGAACCGGCCCAACAAGCCCCAGCAGCACCACCAGACCCAUCUCCUCCAGCACAUCAAGACAGAGCCUGGGUUGGACGUCCCAGUGCCGUGCUCUAUCCAGACCCUGCCUGACUUCAUGUCUGUCUUCAGCAUUCCCCAGACUUUCAGCACUAUGUUUAACAAACCCGAUAUGGCCGCCAGCGGACACCCAGUUUCAGAUACACAUACUGAGCUGCAUAUUGGCCCCCAACAACCGCAGGUCUACCAGAUGCCAAUCCCCGUCAGCGGCGCUGACCUCACAAUGACACUCUCCCGCAGCAGCCAAUCAGGGACCAGCGGUGCCGGCAACGGUAGAACCAUGCUCAACCUGAACAGCGUCUCCUUGACAACGGUGGGUCACGGCGGUGGUGACUCGUCGUUUUCAAUGCCGGCGCAUUUCUACCACCCCCACGCCAAGGCGUCACCCCAGUCACAGCCCCACAGCCUACCUCCCUCACCCCCCAACUCGCAGCCGGGUAGUCCUGAGAACCAGGCUGAGCUGCUGACCCCUCCGCCUCCCUUCCAGGCCUCUAGCAGACUGGGGUUAAAGGUCACCCAGAUGUCCCACCACUCCAUGCUUAUGGCCCACGGACAAGGGGUGCUGACAGGACCCAGGUACAACCGACGGAACAACCCUGAGCUCGAGAAGAGACGGAUCCACUUCUGUGACUUCCCUGGCUGCUCCAAGGUUUACACAAAGAGCUCUCACUUGAAAGCACACCAAAGGACACACACAGGGGAGAAACCAUACUCUUGCAACUGGGAGGGCUGUGACUGGCGUUUCGCCCGCUCUGACGAGCUGACACGACACUAUCGUAAACACACGGGAGCCAAGCCCUUCAAGUGUGUAGCGUGCAGGCGCUGUUUCUCCCGGUCCGAUCACCUUUCCCUACACAUGAAGCGCCACCAGAACUAA